AAGACAAAUUACAAUCUCCAUUGGUCCAACUUGAUGAGCCAUUUACUAACCACCUUGAUAAUCUGGUAUUAGAUACAAGCGAUGAAAAUGAAAAUGAACAAUCUGAAAGAUUAGAUCAUGAAG